AACCGGCGACAGUCAGUAUCACGCACAGGCACGGCAGGUCGGAGGAGUGAACGGACGAGAAAAGUUUCCCGGAUCAAAUCACAUCACAUCCGUUAACCAACCCACCGAAUGAUUACACUUAAUUACCGAACAUACGUUAGCUUUGCAGAUAUUUGCUGAUGUUUUGAAGCAGUGCUGAACUAAAGCUAUUUGGGAGCCCAAAGCGCGAAGCGGAUCUCAUCACACCGGGAACAUCAUCCCUUAUCAUCAUCAUCAAGCAUGUCGGAAUACAGUUCGCUGUUGAGUGACCUGUCUGACAACAUCACUAAUGAAGACCUGGAACAACUGAAAUCAGCUUGUAAGGAGGACAUCCCAGAAGAGCAGAGCAACUCCAUGUCCUCCUCCAGAGACUGGUUCAGCUACCUGGAGAAGAAUGACAAACUGGCACAAGAUAACUUAUCCUACAUCGAGCACAUCUUCGAGAUCUCACGGCGGCCGGACCUCUUGACCCGGGUCAUUGAGUACCGCACGACUGUGCUGAAGAUCUCUGAAGAUGAUGAGAUUGAAACCAAACUCACACGCAUCCCCUCUGCGAAGAAAUACAAGGAUAUCAUUCGCCAGCCAUCAGAAGAUGAGAUUAUUAAACUGGCCCCUCCGCCCAAAAAAGCAUGAGGUCAAAGUUAAGCUCCUCUUCUCCACAUUCCCUGGCACUUCAUCAUGCCCAUCAUCAUCACUAAACCACACCCGCCCCCGCCCACCUA